AUGACGGGGAUAUCAGGAUCGGAGCAGCAAAUCCCUGCUUCCGCAGGCCCGGAGGCGGCUGCGGAGUGCGAGAAUGCGACGAGAGACAUCACGACGGGGGAGGCGGGGUCAGCGGGGGAAGUAAAAACGGCCGGCGACGAGGAAAAGCCUCUCCUUGGUGUCGCAGGUGCGGCGGAAGCCCCGCCGCCAGCGGCGGAGACCGCCACAGCGGAAGGGGGAGAGAGAGCGGCGGCGCAGGGGGAGGCGGAGACGGGGGCGGUGCCGGCGCCGAUUCCGUCUGCUAAGCGGUUGCGGGAGGAGGGGGAUGAUGUCACUGCUACUGCUGCGGUUGCUGUAGGUACCACUGGCGCAGCGCGCGGCGGUGAUGGCGGUGCAGACGAGGCGCGUGUUCCAGGGGAAAAGGCGGGUGGAGCGGCGGCGGUGGCGGUGGAGGAGGUGAAGCCGGGAUCUCAGGAGGGAAUUGGUGGUCAGGGAAAGAAGAAGAAGGCACGGCGGCGGCGCGUGCAGUGGGACGAGGGCAACCUGGCGUACUGGGAGGAGCACCGCACGCCGCGGCAGCGCAUCGACGAGCCCAAGACGCCCUUCCACUCCCUGGGCCCUGACUCCGAGGAAGAGCACCUUCCUGGAAGCAGCACGGCAGGUGCAGCCACAGCAGGCAGAGGAACGGCAGGAGGGUCAGGAGCAGCAAGAGUGGCGGCGGUGGUGGGAGGGAGCAGUCGAGUGAGCGAGUGGACGUCAUCAGAGGACGAAGGGGAUCACUCGGAGUUUGAACGAUGGAUGGAGGAGCAAGGCCACACAUACAAAGACCCGGCGACUCUCGCUGCCGCUGUUGCUUCCGGCACUGCUCCUGCCUCCUUGCUUGAUGCGGACAUAUACUACAGCACAGGGAGGGACAAGGGGAAGGGCAAGGAGCCAAUGGGGAGCGUGGCGCCGAGCUUCAGGGAGCACAGGAAGCGGCACUAUGAUGAGUUCAAGAAGAUGAAGCUGCUGCAGGCUGAGAGGGCGGAGGCAGGGGAGGAUGUGGGGGAUGAUGGGAAUGGUCUUGUGCGUCAGGGGGUGGAACCUGCUGCUGUUGAUCCUGCUGCUGCUGCUGCUGCUGCUGCUAAUGCGAGAUCGGUCAAAAUGUCAUCGGACGCAUCGAAUCCGUCGCAGUACGUGAAGCUGAAGAAGGAGUACAUCACGGACCAACCAGACACGGAGCCCGGGGAGCUCAGCCAACCUGUGGAGGUCCCGCAGCUGGAUGUGCAGCGGUGCUUCGAGUGCGGCCAAAUCCUGCCGCAGUCGUACGAGCCGCCUCAGGACGAGCCGUGGAGCACGGGCAUCUUCGCGUGCUUCAAGGAUCAACGCAGCUGUAUCCAAGGUUUGUUCUGCCCGUGCGUCCUCUUCGGCAAGAACGUGGAGGCGAUACGCGACGACAUCCCGUGGUCGGCCGCGUGCGCGUGCCACGUGAUGUGCAUCGAGGGCGGCGUGGCGCUGGGCACGGCGCUGCUGUGCUGCCCCGCAUACAUCACGGUGGACCCGCAGACGCUCUUCCUGCUGGGGGAAACGCUCUUCUUCGCCUGGUGGAUGUGCGGCAUCUACACGGGGUUGUUUCGACAAGAGCUGCAGAAGAAAUACCACCUCAAGAACGCGCCAUGUGAUCCGUGUUGCGUGCACUGCAUCCUGCACCCAUGUGCGCUGUGCCAGGAGCACAGGGAGAUGGUGAUCCGCCUGCCUGCUCUUGAUGAGGGGGUCAGCCUUAACCCACCACCACAGCAAGAAAUGGCUGCGGUGGGUGGUGAUGCUGCUGCUGCAGCACCCAAUGGGUCAGGCGAGAUUGCCAGGGAGAGCUAA